AUGAAGCUCGUUGAAAUUGUCGCUUCCGAUGAGAUUGAUUCUACGGCACGUGAAGCCCAACAGCGCUUCGUGGCGUUGGAAUUUCCUGCACAGUUUGGUUCCAAGGUCAUGAAGCACCUUUUGAUGAAUUUUCAAUCUCUAUCGGAGCUCGGGUUUGGUCACCUGAAACGAUUAAAAAAGCAUCCAGAAAUCCCGCAAACUCUUGUGGCACUCGUUUGUCCUUUGGAUUGUAAUGAUCAAAGCAUUGAAACACCUUGUCAAAAGUUGCAAGAGAUGGAAACAAUGUAUCAAGCUCGUCUCACGACAGCGAGUGCUCUACGACUGGCACCGUGCACUCGUGAACUGUUUGAGAAAUACACAAAGCAGUGGCCACUGAUCUUCCAUGCUAGUGUUGAGGAAGCUGCGACGUUGUCGGAAAUUGAAGAAGGGGAGAUGGAAAACAUGAUGAAACGUUUGAGUCUGGCAGUGGAUCUUGGAGAAAAGUUGAGGGAAGAGGAACAGCAGACUUUGAGUUGUGCGUCUGUCUGUGUAGUGGUGGAUCCAGAAGUAGACGAGCUCGUUGCUACAUCGGAAGUGAGUGCUGAGAUGCAAUGUAAAUAUAAGUUUAGGACGCUGUAUCAUCCUGUGAUGGUGUCGAUUGAUGCUGUUGCAGAGCGUGAUCGACGACAAGGAGAAGCGUUGGAUGGGGAGACGGCUCACAAGAAGCAAAAGUGCAUUGAUGGAGACGCUACAGCGAAUUUGAAGAAGGACGAAAGGAGGCAGAGGCAAUCCUACUUGUGCACGGGGUAUGAUGUGUACCUUGAUCGUGAACCGUGCGCUAUGUGCGCUAUGGCCUUGCUGCACACCAUAAAGUCGCUGAACCACCACUACCGUGUCUUUCAACUGGCAGCUUCGUCUGAAAAGGAGGCGAUGGAAUAG